AUGUCUCAUGAAGCCCUGAACCCCAUCCACCCGGCCGUCUUGCCGCAUCUCGACCCUGCCUUUGUCGACCUCUACAACAAACAUGUCGCCCACACCCCGAGCGGCCCGAUCGAUCUCGCCGUCCUUCGAUCCAAGUACUCUGUGCUGUACUCCUACGGCACCGGUCCCGCGCCGGAGCCUGCGCGUGUCUACGAUACCACAAUCCCGGGACACCAGGGGGAUCGGAUCCCAUGUCGGGUAUAUGAGCCCGACAGCCCUGGACCCUGGCCCGUCCACGUCGACUUCCACGGUGGCGGCUGGGGCCUCGGCGACCUCGACACCGAGUCGCACAUCUGCAAGCACAUCGCCGUGAAAGCCCAAGUGGCCGUCAUCGACGUCGCCUACCGCCUGGUCCCCGAACACGCCUUCCCCAUCGGCAUCCAGGACUCCUUCGCGGCGCUGCAGCAUCUGGCGUCGUCUGCCGGCCGCGCGCAGUUCCCGGGCCUCGACACCAGCCGGAUCUCCCUCGGCGGCGUGUCCGCCGGGGGUAAUAUCGCGUUGAUCCUCGCCCACCUGGCGCGCGACCACGGCAUCCCCCUGCGGUUGGUGGCGGUGGGGACCCCCGUCAUCGACGAUAUUUCCGUCUACAGGACGGCCGCCGACUCGCCCUUCCCGUCCAUGCAGGCGAUGGAGUUCGCGCCGACCCUGAACUGGGCGCGGUUGAAGUGGUUCGAUGAGCUGAAGUGGCGCAGUCUCGGCGCGGACGAGGCCGUGCGCAAGCAGCAGCGGGCCGAGGUGAAGUGGUAUGCGAAUGCGCUCAGCGCGCCGAGUUUCACCGGGCUGGCGCGCACGGUCAUCUACACGGCGGGCUGUGAUCCGCUGCGCGAUGAGGGCGAGGCUUAUGCCCGGAAGCUGAUCGAGGGGGGCUGUGAGGUUACCGUGCGGCGGUUCGAGGGGGUGCCGCAUCCGUUCAUGCAUAUGGAUAAAGAUCUCUGGCAGGCGCGGGAGUUCAUUGAUUUGGUUGCUGGGCAUGUGAAGGCGGCGCUGCACGAG